AUGGCUGCUAUAAAUGAGAGGGUAAAUUCGGAUCAAGUAGUUACUAUUUUGCAAAGUUUAAAUUAUACUCAGUCAUAGAUUAAUUCAAUUGUUUCACAAAUCACCUCCGAAAUAGGUAACACCAUUAACUAAAUAGACAUUAAUUAGUUUCAAUAAUUGCUCUAACCCAUAGAAUAAGAAAUCCCAAUAUAAAAGCUCACAUCCGAAUAAAUUUAUGCGAUAUAUGCAGAUUUUCGAUAAGCCUUACAUUUUUAGAACAUAGAAAAGGUUAGGCAAAUAUUAAGUAUGCGCAUUGUUUUAUUAAACUCAGCUACGUAUCAAAAGGAUAUUGAUCUAGUGAAUCGAAUUGAUCCAUAGACUCGAUAAAUUUCAACAUUUAUUGCUAUAGUAGGUUCAGAUGAAGAUAUUUCAUUGCAAAUAUUGAAGUACUUGUGUGAACUAGGAGCAAACAUAAACUAUAAAGACAACCUAAAAUAAUCCAUCCUUUUUUAUAUUUGCAGAGAUGGAAGGACAAAACUAUUUGAUUUUUUAGUAUCAUAAGGAAUCAACAUUUCUGAUACUGAUUCCUAUGGAUAGACUCCAUUAUUUUAUGCUUCACGAGAAAAUAGAAUUGACAUUAUUUAAAGAUUUAUUAAAUUGGGCAGUGAUGUAGCACAUCUGGAUACUUUAUCAUGUUAGACAGCCUUGUUUUAUGCAGCAAGUAAAGGACAUUACGAGGCUUGUAGAUUAUUGAUAGAGGCGGGAUGUCCUGUUAAUCAUCAAGAUAAUAAAAAGAAAACAGCUCUUUAUUUUGCUAAACAAUCCUAGAAGAAAGAAGUCGUAGAUCUCAUUACUGCUAGUAUGCAAAAGCAAAAGGAGGAUGUUGUUCAUCAAAAAAAGGAGGAGAGUGUUAAAGGGGGGGAAUAAAAAUAGAAUAAGAAAAAGUAAAAGGAAGUUCCGAAGUAGUAAUAUAAAAUUCUGCAUACUGACGACAAAGGAUAAUAAAGAGAAUUAACAAAUGGAGGUUUUUAAUAAUUUUCAAUUUAAUAUCCUGAUGUAGCAUCACUUAUUUUAAAUGCAGAUGAAUUCAUUGAUGAAAAUAUGAUAAAUUAAUUCAAAGAAGACGAAGCUUGGGAAAAGUAGGCCAAAAAAAUAAUAGCUUAAAUUUGGAAAGCUAAAGGGGCCUACUUAUUCCGUGAGCCAGUGGAUCAGUAGAAAUUUAAUAUUACAGAUUACUUUGAUAUUAUAAAAAAACCAAUGGAUUUUGGAACUAUUAAAAAUAAAUUAAAUGUGAAUGCAUAUAAAACCUUGAGAGAAUUUCAUGCAGACAUGAUGUUAGUUUUUGAUAAUUGUGGGAUUUAUAAUGGAACUUAAAAUGCUAUAGGAUAAAUCGGAGUAAAUAUUAGAAAUGAGUACUUGAGUCUAAUUGAAUAGAAUGGAUUAAAUAAAUAUUUGUGA